AUGUCGCCCGAUACUUGGACCGCGGCGUUCGCCGGCGGCCUCUUGAUGGGCGUGAUCCACGUCGUCACGGGCGCGGAUCACCUGAGCGCGGUCGCGACGCUGUCGUGCGGCAACGACAGGUACGCCGCGACCGUCUUGGGAGUGCGAUGGGGCCUCGGGCACUGCGUCGGGUUGCUCGUCGUGUUCCUCGCCGUGCUCGCGGCGACCGAGGAGAUCGACCGCGCGAGCGUUCGAGGGGUGGAGAAACACAUGGGAAUCGUGGUCGGGCUCCUGAUGUUCGGGCUCGGGGCGUACGGUCUGUGGGACGCGCGGAGGUCUGUGGGGGAUGGUGGGGGGCACGGAGGAGACGCGACGGAUGAUGGACACGCCCCGUCGAGGAGGUACGGCGCCCUCGACGACCCGGAACGUGGCGACGGCGUCAAGAGGGCGCUGUUCAGGGACCCGGACGACGAAAACGAAAAGGAGGAGGCGGGCGCAUCGAAGGGGGGGGGGGAGGGGGCGGGGGCGGCACGUCGCGACGGCGCGUGGCGGUCCGCGGGGGCGGUAGCCAUCGGCGUCGUCCACGGCGCAGCGGGACCAGGCGCCAUCCUCGGCGUUUUACCCGCGGUGGCCCUGCGUCGCACGGAGCUCGUGUUCGGAUACUUCGCCGGCUUCUGCGUCGCGACGGUGGCGACGAUGGGCGCCUUCGCGGCGUCGUACGGCGAGGUCACCAGCCGGCUCGGCGCAGCGCACGGCUCGAGGGUGAGGUUCAUCUUGUCGAACGUCAGCGCCGGGGCGUGUCUCGCGGUUGGCGUCGCGUGGAUCGCGUUAUCGGCGUCGGGGCGCGGCGCGGAGCCCGAGGCGGUGUGA